CAGUGUGCGUCUGUGAUUCUUUAUGGCAGACGCCAACAGGGAGUUAAAUAAAAUGGCGACUGCUGGUUCAGUGGUGAUAUGUGUUGUGAGAAAACAUUGAAGAUUUUCCGCGUGUAGUUCAAUAAACAAUGUUCGGCGGAUGGAACUAGUUGUUGCAUGAAGUGAGGUGAUUGCGUUUCACGGACUAAAGAUGACAGCUAACAUGUAUAGAGUCGGCGAUUAUGUGUAUUUUGAGACGUCCUCGACGUCCCCGUACCAGAUCCGGAGGAUCGAAGAACUGAACAAGACGGCGUCCGGAAACGUCGAGGCGAAAGUGAUGUGCUUCUACAGGCGGCGGGACCUGCCCAAUCCUUUGAUUCAGCUCGCCGAUAAACACCAAUGUGCCUUAGACGAAUCGACGAGUGGUGCGAGUCCGGCGAGUGAUUCAAGUAGACCAGCUGUAGCAACAGCGACAGCGGUAACGGCGACAACAACAGCAGUACCAGCAGAUACAUCAGGUUUCUCGUCGAAACAGCGACACCAGAUGAAACACCGGGAGCUGUUCCUCUCUCGACAGGUGGACACGUUGCCGGCGACGCACAUCCGUGGAAAGUGCUCGGUGACUCUCUUCAACGAAACCGAAUCGUUGCAGUCGUACUUGAACAAGGACGAUAUGUUUUUCUAUUGUUUGGUGUACGAUCCCACACAGAAGACGCUGUUGGCAGACAAGGGGGAAAUCCGAGUAGGCAGUCGAUAUCAAAGUGACGUGACGAACCUUCUCAAGGAAGGAGAAAGUGAUGGACGCUCGUUGUCGGAACUUGAGACCCUCGUGUGGACACCUGAACACGGUCUUUCGGACAGACAGAUAGAUCAGUUCCUCGUCGUGUCACGUUCGGUCGGAACUUUCGCGCGCGCCCUUGAUUGCAGUUCCAGUGUUAAACAGCCCUCCUUACACAUGUCGGCGGCGGCGGCGAGCCGCGACAUCACCCUCUUCCAUGCGAUGGACACAUUGCACAAACACGGGUACGAUUUGUCAGGGGCACUCUGCUCGCUGGUGCCAUCCAGCGGGCCUGUCCUCUGUCGCGACGAGAUGGAGGAAUGGAGCGCCUCUGAGGCGAACCUCUUCGAGGAAGCCCUCGAUAAAUAUGGCAAGGACUUCAACGAUAUACGCCAGGACUUCCUGCCCUGGAAAACGCUCAAGAAUAUAAUAGAAUAUUAUUAUAUGUGGAAAACGACUGACCGAUACGUACAGCAGAAACGAGUAAAAGCAGUAGAAGCAGAAUCCAAACUUAAGCAAGUCUACAUUCCUAAUUAUAAUAAACCAAAUCCCGCGCCGCUCAACAAUAAUAAAGGGGUUGUGAACGGUAGCAGCAAUGGCAACUCUGAACCAGUCGUUUCGAUAGGCGGGAAAGCAUGUGAAUCCUGCAAUGUGACCGUUUCGAGUCAAUGGUAUGCGUGGGGUCCGACGCAUUUGCAGUGUCGACUUUGCCAAACGUGCUGGCAGUAUUGGAAGCGUUACGGAGGACUGAAGAUCCCCUCGAGGUACGGCGAGUGCGAAUUCGACGCCGUCAAGAAGAAGUCUGGUAGCGAUGGCGAGGAGGACAAGAUCAGCUCAGCCCCGUCGCACCGUCCCCAUCGUUGCAACAUCGGAGGCUGUGGGAAGGAGUUCAAGUUGAAAGCCCAUCUGGCUCGUCACUACGCCACAGCACACGGCAUCAUGGUCCGGUCCGGAUCUCCACGUCCUAUAAUGAAAACUCGGACAGCAUUCUACCUGUGCACGACGCCACUGACGAGGAUCUCGCGCCGCCUCUGCAGACACAUCAUGCGGCCCAGGCACGCCAGCCGCGCGCCCUUCUUCGCCAUCAACAUACAGGCGGUGAAACAAGAGUGUGGUCUUCAAAUGACCGGGAAGAGCGUACCGGAACUGAAGCAACUGCUGAUUUAUCGAAAGAAGAACAGGGGCAGCGUGACGAUGAUCGCCAAUCGUCUGGGUAAUCCAGGUGGUCCAACUCCACAAUGGCUCAUUUUGACCGACAAGGAGCUGUUGCCGAAGCCGGAGAAGGUCGCCUACCCAAAACCACCGAAGGCUCCUGACGGCAGUCUGCUUUACGAGCGGGUGCCCAACAAACCGGAGGCAGAGAAGAUACCACUUAAUAAUAUGUCGCCUUCCAUUAAAAAGAGACCCUACGACGAAAUGAAUGGAGGCGUAGACAGCUUCUACUCUGAUUUGGAUUGGGAUGAUGGUCCCAUUCUGGCCGGGCCGCCUCCUAAACGCCUGAGCAAGGACCCAAUGCCCAUCAGCAUGACGCGUCCCAUCGUCGGAGACUCCUACAGUUCGUCGAUGGUCUCCAACAUACCAACUACCCAGUCGCUGCCACGUCACAUUGCACAGAUUAACGGCAAACCUAAAAUAGCUCAUAUGACCCGCACGGGUUCAGGAAGGAAACAGGUGAUUAGUUGGAUGGAUGCUCCGGAUGACUUGUAUUUCCGUGCAACAGAUAGUAGCAAAAAAAUGCGUAAACAAAUCCCAACAACAGAAUUACGGAGGAUCGCACGUAAGCCUUGGCGAAUGGCUAAAUCUAAAGAGGAUCUACAAGUUGUGGUUCUAGACUGACAGUAAUCAUAAUAAUAUUAAAUGAGCAAUUUAAAAACAGUGUUGCCAAAAAAAAAAUGAAUAAAAUAUACAAGAGUGUGAUCACGGGAAUUUGAAUCGGUGCGACAGUAAUUACCGCAAAACAUAUAUUAAUUACAAAAAAAAUAAUAAUAAUAAAAAAAAA